AUGUCGGCAGAUGUAGAAUACGAGUGGAGGUAUACACCAUACUCAUGGCAUCAGUCUCAUGACCAGGCUACUGUUCUCCUUAAGGUUCCGUACCAUGCUACUGAGGAAGAUAUUUCGGUCGUCAUAGAACGGAACUACAUCGUAGCAGGUGUCGUUGGACAAGCCCCCAUCGUAAAGGGACGUCUUUAUGGAAAUGUUGAUACAGUGAAUUCCUUGUGGCUUUUAGAGCCUCGCACAUCUCGCAUAUCAGCACGAGAACGUACCACUUCGACAACAUCGACAGCAUCAACACAAUCCUCAUACGCACUUGUAUCUGAAGCCGAAAUAUCAAGUAGCUUUGCCGCAUCUUUAGAGAGUGGUCAUGCUUCGGAUGCAGAAGAUCUUUCAUCUCCGUCUCCCGCUCUCUCUUCACCUUCCCUUUCUUCUGCAGAUGACACAAGAAGCUUCCCUUACCAUCGAAAGAUUCAUUCGAACACCGUGUCGCGCCCCCUUUCUCCGGGUAAUCCAUCCAGUAGCAUGGCACCUUCUUUUUCUUCUCUGGAGUCGUUGAAUGCCACCCACUCGGAGAGGUUGUUGACUAUCCACUUAGUCAAGGAAAACCCCGUCAUAUGGCCGAACCUUGUUUCUGGACCAGUACCGGUAUCGAUUGCACCUUACGUGUAUAAUUCGGUUAUAUUCGACGCCAGUCAUGAACUCGAGCACAAAUACAAUUGCGAUCCGACAAGUCUCACGCACAUUGCUUUGGAGUUACUCGAUGUCAAGGGUGUUAAGGAGGAGGCAUUUGAGUAUUUUCUUCGAGCGUGGCAUUUCGCCCGCGCACCCACCGCGACGAUGAAGCUCGUCGCGUAUUACCUCCCUAUACACAUGUCCUACAAUUUACGUUCUCAAAAGGAACAUCCCGCAGUACGAGGGACUCCUGCAUAUUACGUCCAGUGCAUAGGAGGCGCAAAAGGGCUGGCACAGCUCUAUCUAGAAGCUGGAAUGUUAUACCUCGAAGGACUGCCCCUACAGUCACACCCGAUUGAUAAUGGGACGCAAGCAUGGAGGCGAGAUCGCAUAGCCGCCUCUAGGUUCUUUGAGAGAGCGCGAGCGUUACAUCCCGACUUGGAUAUUCCAUCCCUAGCCUCACCUGCGGAAUUGAAUAUCGGAGAUGAACUAGAGAUGCCGUUUAUCGAACUAAACUCCGGGGAAGCAGUAUCUGACAAGAAGGAAGCUGCUCGAAGACGGAAAAAGCAGGAACGGGACAUGAUGAUCGACAGUCGUUCAGCCAAGGUGGAAGCUGAUAUGGACAAUACGUGGUAUAUGUUCAUCCCGUCCUUGGUAGGUGCGGGAACUGCUUUAGUUCUUGUUGGUGUCGUCGGGGUGUUGAGUUUCUCUUCUUGGUCAAGGAGGAACCAGGGCUCAUGA